AUGAGUGCGUUCAGGUCCAAGUUCCUGUAUCCGGCCAAGGUGAACUGGUUCCCGGGCCAUAUGGCCCUGGCUAGACGUCAAAUGGUGGCACAAAUGGACGCUGUGGACGUGUUGAUUGAAGUGCGAGAUGCUCGUAUCCCUUGGAGCUCAGCUAACCCCGUCCUGGAAGAAGCGUUCGGCAAGUCUAAGCCUCGUCUCGUGGUCUUUAAUAAGAGUGAUCUGGCCAACUCGAACAUGCAACAACGAGUAGAAAAGCAGUGCAAAAACCAGCUCGGAGAGGCGACCGAUUGCCUCUUCACGUCCGUGACUAAAGGCAAACGGCUGCAGGCCAUUUUGCAAUGGUGUAACAAGCACAGUCAAGCUCAAUUCAAGAGCACAGCCGGAUCUAUGGUCAUGGUGGUCGGUAUCCCCAAUGUGGGCAAAAGUUCGCUCAUUAACGAGUUCCGAAGGCUCUCGAACUCCGGAAAACUGGCCAAAGGUCGAAGUAGGGCGACAGUGGGGCCGACACCCGGCGUUACCGUUCGCAACGACAUUAUCAAAGUGAACGACAAGCCGGCGGUGUACGUGGUGGACACACCUGGUGUUAUGCUACCCAAUAUCCCGUCGGCGGAGACGGGUAUGAGACUGGCGCUAACAGGAGCGAUCAAGGAUGAAGUGGUGGGCACGGAGCUGAUUGCAGACUAUAUGCUGUUCCUGCUAAACCAGACGAAGUCGACGCGGUACGUGGACGCGCUGAAGCUUCCAGGUCCGACAGACAACAUCGGUGAACUAUUCAAGCUCGUACACAAGCGGUGCGGUGCACUGGGCAAGGAGCCGGACGUUCAAGACCGUCUCGCUGCGCAGUUCCUGCUAGCAGAAUUCCGUCGAGGAGCGUUUGGAAACUUCACUCUAGACCCCAUCGAGUCACCGCCUAAAGUCAUCAAACCUGCAGCUCCUACGUCGUAA